AUGAUGUCUGACGUUACGUGUAGCAGAAGGAUUAGGAAAAGACAGCGAGCACAGACUGAAAACGUUUCGGUUGAAGAAUUCUGUGCUCAUAAUGAUGAUGGGAACAUUCUUCCAAGUCCAAGGCGGAAUUUUGCAACAAGACGUUUUAGUGGCGCUUGGGGUGUAGUAUUUGUAUUGAUGCUGUCUAUUCAGGCCUGUGAAAGUUUCGCUUGUACUCAAAGCCCUAGAGUCCUUUCAGUCUCUUCCAAACCUCAAUCUACACUUUUGAGAGUUAUCGAAGCCGAGGCACCAACUACAGAAGAGAGACCCGUGGCUUUUCAGCCGUCAAUACCAGAGCACUCGAUUGUUUGUGAACAAGAUUCGAGAGAAGAAAGGAAGCCUUCAGAUGACGAUUGCACUGGCGAAGCAGCAGACCAACAGGAGCCUUCAGAAACGAGAGCAGAAAACGAUGAGGACUCGGAAGAAUCUGAAAAUGAAAAGCAAGCCAGGUUAGGUGCAGCCUCAAGGGCAGCUGCGCUUCUAGGAAAUCGGAAAUCCAGAGUCAAGGGAAACACAACUUCCAAAGGAACGAGCGUAGGAGCCCGGCGAAUAGGAGCUGCCAGCAAAGCACUGGGCGGAGGUGGGACCCUGUCUCGACUCACGGACGCUGUCCGGCGCAGUGCUGCUGUCGCGAAGGGAAUGAAGAAGCAGAAUGAUGAUCAAGAUGAAAAUAACCUGUCAGCAAGGUUGACGCAAUCUGCGAUCCAUAGCGCCGUGGGAGACCUUUUGAGUUCGGGACAACAACCCAAUAUAGAAGUCUUGGGAGAGGCAUCCGCGCCCCAUUUGGACCUUGCCAAAAUCCAAACCACUCCACCUCCAGGUACCAUCCUUGUUGAUUGUCCCAAGAAUUGCCGGUGGAAGCCUUCGGAUCGGGUAUCCGUCCGAGUGGCCACUCAAGCUGAUGAUUUGGACAUUGCCAACCUUCGGCUGUCGGUGUUUUCCAACUUUUCACCAAAUAUGCGUCAGUCCUUUUGCUCGCGGUCAUGUCAUGUCUUGGCCAUGAGACGGAACCAAGGUGCCACCUGCAUUGUAGCGACUGUUCCGCGUUAUGGUUCCAUUUUGUCCGAUGAGAAAGGCAUUAUUCUGGGCACUGCAGAAUGCUCCAUUCAUGAAUUCUUUGGAACAAGGCUUGGAAGCCGUCGACAACAGAACUCCAUUUUGUACAUCACCGAAGUAGCUGUCAGUCCUACAGCUCGGAGAAAGGGAAUUGGAGCUAAACUUAUGGAGUCCAUUGAAGAAUUGGCCAAGAUUCGGGGCGUAGAGACUUUGUAUUUGCACGUGGAAGUAACGAAUACCCAAGCAUUGAAGCUUUACGAAAAGGCUGGCUUUGCACGAUUGACGAACGACGAUCGAAUGUAUGCGGAGUUUACCCGGUCACUAGGCCUUCACGAUGGAGCGAUGAAAGGUCGCUGUCACCAUCUAAUGUACAAAAAUAUUCAGCAUCCAACUUGGAUAUCUAACGACAUGGGAGUUACCCAACGAGGUACUCUGGGAAUUGAAGUGUCAGCUUAA